GGUAGAAGGUUGGAGCAGACAACUUUUCAUCUCUGAGGUCUGCUGAGCCCUGGCAGUCUAUGAUUCUGUAACUUUCCCUUCGACAACUUUACAGAAUUCACAAAACAGAGGAAACGGGGCCUGAAGGAAAUGGUCUGCUGCAUAGCAUUUUGUGAAAAAGUGGGACAGUUCCCCAAGGAAAGAAAUCCGUGGAAGGACACAGAACCUGGAGACGUUUCCUUAGGCAGCUGGCAGUGGCAGCUUCACAGCCUAGCACAGGCCUGCCUGUCGCUCCUCAGUAAUGUCCCCACCAGCUGCAGAUGAAGCAAAUGAGCAUUAAGUGGGGGAACCUCGUGGUCUGAGUGAGCCUGCAAGGUUCUGCCUGCAGGUCACUGGUCACAGCAGCAACUGUAAACACUGUGCUCAAGGCAGCGCAGAUGGGGCUCUUUCUGAGACCACGAGGUCACUUGUCCUCUGAAGCCACCCUCUCUGCGGUCUUUCCCUGCCACCUGCAGACAUAAACACUGCUUUCAGCUUCAGUGCUAGAGGGACCUUUGAGAGUGAUCUCCCUAGGAGUUCUCAGCCUGUGUUUUCUGCAGCCCCAGUGAGUGAGUGAGUUAGAGUGUGUGUGUGUGUGUGUGUGUGUGUGUGUGUGUGUGUGUCUGAAAAUGGAAUUGAGAACAAGGAGAACACAUGGCCCUCUAGGCCCUCUGUCAUGGCUCUACCAUUGACUGUCAGUUCUGGGACCCUGAGCAAGUUACUUAAUCUCUCCUGAAUCUCAGUCUCUGCCUCUGUGAAGGGGACAUGAGGGAAUGCGUGUUAGCAUGCUUCCUGAUAAAGUUGAUCUAGUAUCUUCUCUAAUAGCACGACUUGUACAGUGCCUAGGGCUUUUCAAGGAGCUUUUCACAUAUGUGAUCUCACCAAAUUGUCCUAACAGCCAGAAGGUAGUAUCGCCCUCAUUUCAUUGAUGCAGGAACUGAGACUAAAAAGCCAGGCCUAGAAGUUCACAGUUUCAUCAUAAUAGGGCCCUUGUACUUUCUAAAGGUUUGUCCUGGUGUUCGGUGUGCUGGUGACAGGGUCCUGCAGGCUGACAUUUGCGUCGUCCACAGACUUCCAUGAAUCACAGUGACGUUCUGCUGAGGUGGGGGGAGCCCCUGAUGUGCACCAUGUGGGGUCUGCCUUGGCUGGAGGGAGACUGGGAGUGUCAUCCAGACCCUGAGCUCGAAAUCUCCAGUCUGUCACUCCAGCCAGCUGCGUGACCUGGGACACAUGACUUGACCUCUUGGAACCUGAGUUACCACAUGUGUGAAAUAGGGAUAAUCAUAGUAGCACCGCCUGCAUGGGCCGAUUGAGAGCAUUCAGUGAGAUAAUCCGUAUAAAACGCGUAGCCCAGUGCCUGACCCAAUAUGCCUUAUAUGCCUUUGCUGCCAUUACUUCUAUUAUUAUAAUUGUUACCAUUUUCACACUAAACGUAUCCAUCUUCAAAUGAGCCACUUUCCGUAUUUUGGCCAUUAUGCAUUAAACACAUUCUUAAUAAACUCAUUUUAGGCUUGAAAUGGUAGGCUCUUCUGGUUUUCUUUUUAGCAUCUGUUAGAAGUAUUUUUAAAAGCUCUGUCUGAAUUCACAGGGAGCCCCUGUAAAUCCACUUGAAAGCGGAUCUCAUCACUAAAACCCCACAAAACACCUCGGUGAGAAUGGAGGAGUCGGGCUGUAAUUUACGGCGUCCACUUCUCGCUGCCAUUUGGCAUUUUGCAAACUGCCACUGCCAUUAGCCGUCACUUUUGAGUAUUUAUGAUCUCGUGGUUGAAGCACUUUGAUUCUCAUAACAGAAACAGGGUCACAUUUAGAAGAUGUGCCCUAUGCCGAGCUGGAAAAUGAGAUCCCCCGGGGUGGCUGAUGGAUGGGGCCGCACAGGGAAGCGUGGCCUGCCAGCCAGCCUGAGCUGUGCCCUUUCCCUGCACCCCGCUUGGAAGCCGUCUUUAUGUCUCAGGCCUUAGCCUGCCAGGCCUGGGCUCUCUGCUUGGCAAUGGCCAAGGGCCUGGGGCAAAAAGACGUGCAGCUAAAUACCACACUGUUUUCCACACGGAUGCCCUUUACAGCCAUGAGGUUGGCAAAGAUAGAGCUAGGAUUUGGCAGGAAUUCCUCCGUGGUCCUAAACUGGUUCUUUGUGUCCCAGGUAGUGGGGGCAGAUUGUGGAUAUUGCAAGUGGGGAAGUGUGAGGGAAAUACGGCACCAACAUACUAAACUGGCAGUGGGAGAGACACCAUCCCCUACUUUGGGCCUCAGUUUCUCCUCUGCUAAAUGGGAGGAUUUGGUCUUGCUGAGCUCUGAGGACCAUUCUCCUAGCCCGUUGAAUCUCUUGGUUCCCAUGAGAUGCUUGGCUGCUAACUCAUACAGGAGUUUUGAUCAGUAGAGUUGAGGGUUUUCAGAGGAGGAAGGAAAUCUCAUCUAAGUUGCAGUAAAAAAAAAAAAAUAAAAAAUCAAGACAUUCACUGUGUAUAAAAAGGAGCACUGUCUCCAUCACUGUGUAAUGCAUGUUAUGAGAGCCUGUCCACCAGGAGAGCCUGUGAGAACUUAGACGGGCCCCUUCUCCUCCUAGACCCGUUUCUCCCUCUGCAGUAUCUGUCUAGGAUGCCACCUUACGCUAAAUUGUGCCUCUUGGCUGGGACAGUUUCUUAGAGUUGGCUUGUUUCUGAUGACCUUGACAGUUUCGAGGUUGAGUAUUUUGUGAAAUCUGAUUUUGGGUUUGUCUGAUGUUUUUCUGCUGUUUUUAGAUGAGAGUUAUGGAUUUGUGGGAGGAAGGACCGCAGAUCAGGCUGCAUUACAUCAAGGGCACAUACCAUUAACAUGACUUCACCCUUUGAUGUGGACCUUGAUCACCUGGCUGAGGUGGCGCUUGUCAGAUUUCUCCACUGUGAAGUCACUCCUUUUCAUGCUGCACUCCCUAGACAGAAGUCCCCAGGUGCACCCCACCCUCUAUUUGGGGGUCAUGACGUAUUAGUAACGACUCCGGACGUGCCUGGCGCAGUGUUGGUGACCCUGGAUAUAGAGGGCCUUCCCAGCCUCACUGCCCGCUCUUCCCUGUGUCGUCACAUCCCCUUCUCAUCAGUCUCAGGUGAGCAGAAGGCCUUCCCAUGGUGUUUCAUUUCUGCCUCAUUGGAACUCUGCAGGGGCUCCCACAAUCAGCAGAAGAAGAUAUUUUUCCUGGGAGAUGGGCAAAAGCUGAAGGAUUGGCAUGACCAAGAAGCCAUCAGGAGGGACGCCCAGCGCAUAGGAAAUGGAGAACAAGGGAGACCUUACCCCAUGACCGACGCUGAGCGAGUGGAUCAGGCGUACCGAGAAAAUGGAUUUAACAUUUACGUCAGUGAUAAAAUCUCCCUGAAUCGCUCUCUCCCUGAUAUUCGGCACCCAAACUGCAACAGCAAGCGCUACCUGGAGACACUCCCCAACACCAGCAUCAUCAUCCCUUUCCACAACGAGGGCUGGUCCUCCCUCCUCCGCACCGUCCACAGUGUGCUGAACCGCUCGCCCCCGGAGCUGAUCGCCGAGAUCGUGCUGGUUGAUGACUUCAGUGAUCGAGAACACUUGAAGAAGCCACUUGAAGAUUAUAUGGCCCUCUUCCCCAGUGUGAGAAUUCUUCGAACCAAGAAGCGGGAAGGGCUGAUAAGGACCCGGAUGCUGGGGGCCUCUGCAGCAGCUGGGGAUGUCAUCACAUUCUUAGACUCACACUGUGAAGCCAAUGUCAACUGGCUCCCCCCCUUGCUCGACCGCAUCGCCCGGAACCGCAAGACCAUUGUGUGCCCGAUGAUUGACGUGAUCGACCACGAUGACUUUCGGUACGAAACGCAGGCGGGCGAUGCCAUGCGGGGCGCCUUUGACUGGGAGAUGUACUAUAAGCGGAUACCGAUUCCUCCAGAACUUCAGAAAGCUGACCCAAGCGACCCAUUUGAGUCUCCCGUGAUGGCCGGUGGACUGUUCGCUGUGGAUCGGAAAUGGUUCUGGGAGUUGGGUGGGUACGACCCAGGCCUGGAGAUCUGGGGAGGGGAGCAGUAUGAAAUCUCAUUCAAGGUGUGGAUGUGUGGGGGCCGCAUGGAGGACAUUCCCUGCUCCAGGGUGGGCCAUAUCUACAGGAAAUAUGUACCCUACAAAGUCCCCGCUGGAGUCAGCCUGGCCCGGAACCUGAAGCGAGUAGCCGAGGUGUGGAUGGACGAGUACGCCGAGCACAUUUACCAACGCCGGCCAGAGUACCGCCACCUGUCUGCUGGGGACGUCGCCGCCCAGAAGAAGCUCCGCAGUUCCCUUAACUGCAAGAGUUUCAAGUGGUUUAUGACCAAGAUCGCGUGGGACCUCCCCAAAUUUUACCCGCCGGUGGAGCCCCCGGCGGCAGCUUGGGGAGAGAUUCGCAAUGUGGGCACAGAGCUGUGUGCUGACACGAAGCAUGGGGCCCUGGGCUCCCCGCUGAGGCUGGAGAGCUGUGUCCGGGGCCGUGGGGAGGCUGCCUGGAACAACAUGCAGGUGUUCACCUUCACCUGGAGAGAGGACAUCCGACCUGGAGACCCCCAACACACGAAGAAGUUCUGCUUUGACGCCAUCUCCAACACCAGCCCGGUCACCCUCUAUGACUGCCACAGCAUGAAGGGCAACCAGCUGUGGAAAUACCGCAAAGACAAGACCCUGUACCACCCCGUCAGCGGCAGUUGCAUGGACUGCAGUGAAAGUGACCACAGGAUCUUCAUGAACACCUGUAACCCCUCUUCUCUGACCCAGCAGUGGCUGUUUGAACACACCAACUCGACAGUCUUGGAAAAAUUCAACAGGAACUGAGCCCUGGUGUCUCAGCGGGCCUGGUGGGGUCCUCUCCUGGCGCUUCCGGCAGCCUUCCCCUCCCGAGGGAGGCAGGGCUUCCAUGGGCAGCGUGACGUGAAAGGCGCUGGCCAACAGGUCUAGGGCAGAGAGGGCUCUGACGGCUGGAGCAGGAGGCCCACCUGUUCCUUGAGGCCCAGUGGUAGCCGCGGGGUGGACAACAGACCCUACAUGAGGCCCCACAAAGAGCAGUGCCUGCUUUAAUCCCUGACGGCAUCAUGGAAAUCUAGGAGGGCCUUACCAACUUUGUCACCACGUUCCUUUGGGCAUUAUGUGGGAGAAAUGCCAAGGCAGCCCUAGGCUACCCGAAAAUGGGUCCUACAAGGUUACCUAGCCUUGAGAUGGCUCGUAUGUGACGGCCCUUUAGAAAGAGAAGCCCCUGUUGUCCGUCUGGGCACUUGUAGCACCUCUGCCGUCCGUCAGCUGCAGAAGGGGAGGGAGGGAGUCUUUCUUGGGGCCACUGGUUUCAGCCAUUUAGUUUCUGCCUGUCAUGGAGUAACUGAGUAACUACAGUUACUGCCCGGCUUCUGUUCUGUCACAGCCCCAGGCGAUGCAUUCGAAGGCCGUACCUGGGCCCUCAGAGCAUGCAGUACUGAACACUGGCCAGCUGCCAGGCCUGGCGUCAGAAGCUGGACCCCUAGACGUUCCUUUGCCGCCAUGGACACAUGGGAUGUCUCUCCUUGCUCUCUGGGCACAAGACAGCUCAGCCACCAGCUCUUCAGGGCUGGGUUUCAGAUGACUUGGGCCCAUGGAAAAGGCCUAGUAGAAGACCUCCAAACCAGAGAUUCUGGCUGAAUUCCCCUGAUCAGUGCUUCCAUUUUCCUCUUUCUCUCUUGGGCAAUUACCUGCCUCAAGAAAGGAGCAGAUGUGUGAAGUGCUCACCUCACAAAGUCUGGAGGCCUCCAAGGUGGACCAGGGGCGAGAUGCCCAGCCUCUGACCUCAUCGCGGCUCCAGUUCUCACAUAGAACUCUAGAAUUUUUAUAGAACUGUAUCAUUGGAUCACAAACUAGAACGCUACAUAGGAUUCUGGUAUUCUAGCAUCCAGUUGGGAUUUCUAGAAUGCUGCGAUUUAAAAGAGCCAGCCAAGUGUAAUAUAGUUAAGGCAUCCAGCCCCCAACCUAGAGACAAUCUUUGAAAUCCGAGGUUGGUGGUGUCAGGGGGGGGGGAGGGGGUGGGUGACCCAUGUCCGUCAGCUCGUACCAGAGGCCUCGGUACGACACGGUCCACAGUGCAGACCCGAAGCCCUGCACCCUCCACCGCCUUCACAGCUGCAGUGGAGGAGGGUCCCACGAACAGGCAGACACCCAGCUCCAUGCCAGUCCCUCGUGUUUACCUUUUGCUUUGUUAAUUAUGUGUCGGACUCCCAGAGGGCUCCCAAGCUAAUAGGAAGCAUUUCUGUGACCAACCUGCCACCCACUGAUUCAGAAAUGGAAAUCGCAUUCUACAACCUAUGGCUCCCACCAGCUAGUCCAGGAAAUACUUGAAACCAGUGUUCCAAUUAGAGCUGGGUCUCUCGAUUGUGUCAUUUACCAAUUAAAUGAGACAUUAAUCUGGGAACAGAGCCACGAAUCUGCCUUUGAGAUGCUGGCUGAUCUCAAGGCCACCAGUUAUCAGGGGCGGGGAGGCAGAUAAAACACUCCUAACCACCACCACCCCAAUUAAGCAUAUAGCUGGCAAAGCAUCACUUCCUCCACUUCUGCCCCCACACACACCCUGCCCUGGCCGCCUGUCCCCAGGAGAGGUGGCCCCUGUGCGUGCAACAGCUUGCUUGAUCCCUUCUUGUUGAUCCCUCCGUGUCUUUUCCAAACGAGUGCCCUAUCUUUAGAAGUGGCCCUCCAUAGGAAGGAGUCCAAAGAUGAGGCCCCUUCUGGGAUCUAGGAGAACAAGAGUUGCAGUUUGGAGAACUGAAGGUUCAUCAUCAGAGAGCAAAGCAGCAUCAUUAAAAUAAAAACUGUGCCUUUUAAAAAGAAAAAAAUGCAAAUGUACAGCAAAUCCCUAAACUUGAACAAUUUCCUAGUGCCUUGCUAGACAAACAUAAAGGGGCAGGGUUGGGGGCGGGGGAGGGGAAACUUUCGUGGUAGUGUGUGCAGUUUCUGUUGGAUGAGUGUGUGUUUCUUAACUUCUGAUUUCAAGCAGGAGACGUUGGGCCUAGGGCAGGAUCUGGGAGGCGGAGAUGCCCCUCAAGGGCCAGAGGCUGGAGUUGUUCCAGUUCAUGACAAGUAACCCUCCAAGUUAAAAGGGCAGCUGGACAACUCAUUUUGUCUGUGGCCUAGAAGGGCCUCAGCAACCCCUGGGAGAGGGCCCUGUUUGUAGACCAUGCCUGGAGUCCCCCACCCCAGCCCCCACACGGAGUGCAGCGCACUCGCUAGGUUUCCAGAUGUCCCAUUCCAAGUGGGUGACAGUGUCCUCGGCAAGACCGAGACUCCUGUGGAAAGCAGGUGCAGCAGCAAGCGGCUUCAGCUUUCCUCCGUCCCAUUCUUGGGUCCUCCAUUAGGGUCUGCUUUUGCACCCUCGACUGGGGAUGGGCAGGUCCUCUGAGCAGCACUUGCUGAGCCCUCACCAGGAGGUGCUGGGACUUGGCAAAGUGUGGAAGAGGGGAAGGAAGAGGUUCACGGCUCAGCUGACCAACUGACUGGUUACAAAUACCACUGGUUGCUUUGGCCUCCUUUUUGAAAACCACCUGUCUCAGAGAUCCAGGUUCCUGCCCACACUGCCAGCCGAUGCUCAGUACAGCAGCCAGGACCUGUGGAGACACUCUCAUCUGGGUCAUGGGUGAGAACGUGGGCCCCUUUGCCUCCCUUUAUUCUGAGCAUGAGGUCACAAAACAGGGUGCGGCCAGAAAGCAUCAUGACCGUGUGGCUCACCAGCAGCCUUUCCAGAGGGGAACUCCGGAAACAUUUUGGAAUGCGGAGAGCCUCUUUGCUGUAAAUACAAGGCCUUUGGAGGUGGCUAAAUAUUCAGGCACACGUGUGAAAAGCCAUUCUACCGUGUGCCUCCCCCUGGAGCUUUCAACUUUUAAAAUAGUCCAGGAACCGCCCCUUCUCCCCUUGUGGAAGAAUUAGUUCAGAGGCAGAGGGGGGCACUUCCACGGGGGGGGGGGGGGGGGACAUUAGGCCUAGGGGAGAAAGAGCAGUUCCUGUUGAAGAUGCGGCAUAUAGAGUCCCAAAGUGCACCCUAUAUUCACUUUCCAAACCUACCUGUCCAAUUUCUCUCUCUCCUUAAGAAAGAGAUGAUACCCUUGAAAAUGGCUCCCUGUUUCUUUCUGUGUAUCUUCAUUUUUCUAGUCUCUGGAAUCUCAAAAGCGUGGCAAAGCACUUUACGGUAGUAACCGAGAAUUACUCUGACUGGGGAUUCCUUGCUUCAGUGGUCUCUAGUGUGUACAGAUUGGGCGAUCUUUUAUAAUUCCUGGGAGGCAAUGCAUUUUUAAUGUUUUCUGAAGAUUUUUAAGCGUGGGAGAGGGGCAAGGAGUGCAGUCCAAUUCUGGAAUUCUUUUCUACUUUCCACCGAUGCUCUUUGUGAAAAUCGAAGUAAUAUUUCAGUUCAAACUUGAUCUUGAGCCAAGGCCAAGGCCCACUGCCGCCUCUGGGGUGGGUGUUGGACCUACAUCCCAAGUGACAAGGUCCUCUUAGCAUCCGCUCCCCAGAUGGCUUUGAUUCAGCCUCUCCAGACAACAGGGUUGAGCUCCUGCUCUGUUUUGGGCGUGAAGCCUGGGAUCCCAAAGGGACUACAGGCAGGGAAUAUUGAGAUGGCAGACUGGGAUUCUAAACAGAGAGCUCAAGACCACCAACCUCUCUUCUCCUGCCCGGAAAAGUGAGCCUUUGUGAUGAACUGACUUACUGUGUACAAUUGUGAUUGUUGUUAAGUAAACCUCCAGACUUUCUCUAACGUGUUCUCUGGCUUGUUCUUGUCACGCACCAUUUUUCAGUCCGUCAUUCCCCACGUAUUCAGGGAGUGUCUGCUCGGUACCCAGGCCCUCUGCCAGAUACCGAAUAAGUCCCCGACAGCUGUCCUUCUAGAGAGGAAGGUGGACCUCAAACAACCAACCAAGAUGACUCUAGAUGUGAGCAGGGCUAUGAAGAAGAUAAACCGAGAUGUCUCAGAGACUGGAUUGGGAGGCAACAUUAGGUAGGCCAGUCAGAGCGUGUCUCUGUGAGAGCUGAAAGACUUGAGGGAGUCUGAGCCAAGAGGCAGUUUGGGGGAGAGAGUUCCAGGCAAAGGGAGUCACUCCUGCAAGAACCCUGAGCAGGAGGGACUUUCCAUGUUGAAGGCACAGGAGGUGAGCUCACAGGGUUAGGUGGGGUAGCCCACAAAGGGUCUGACAGACUACAGCCAGGAAUGGAAGAUUUCAGGGGGGCAGGACAAGGUGAAAUGGCUUUAUUUCUGAUGCUCACCCAUCAGCCACAGGUGUCUACCUACCAAAAUAUUACGAUGCUUUUGAAUAUUAGAUUUGUAUCAUUUGUGUAAUGCCACAUUCUAGAAACAGCUUUGGCUGGCGUGGCUCUGCAGAUCCUGCCCCCUAUCUAGACCUCUGUUUUCUGCCGUAAAAUGGCCAGUUUUUGGAUGAUCCUUCCAGCCCCACCUCUGGUUUCCUGGUUGAAACUUAGUGUAGGACUACCCGUCCAGCUAGCCCAAGCUGCCUGCUGAUGCUGUCACCCAGAGCCCACCAGAGGGCGCUGUGGACCACGGCUUGGAAAAGGCAGAUUAAGGGGGUGGAAAUCUGUUCACUGGCCUUCUGAGCCCUGGAACCAGAAGAUGGAUAUUGUUAAUUUUCUUCUAAAAUUUUAAUGGUUUCUUUAAAAAGAUUAAAUUCUUUUACUAUGGACAGAGGAAGAGAGGGAAGAAGAUUCCAGUUGCAGGGGCCGCAUGUGCUAAGACCCUGUGGAGGGAACAUGACAGGUAUGAAGGUCAGUGAGGUGGGAGCAGAGUGAGUGAGAAAAAAGAGACAAGAAGGAAAGGGUGGGCAGAAGCCAGACUCUGCAGGGUCUUGUAGACCAUGUUAAGGCGUCUCUGAGCUUUAUUUUUAAAGCAGUAGGGACCAUUGGAGGGUUUUUAACUGGGCAGGGUGAGAGCAUCAGAUGUACCCUCAACUGAUGUUUAUAGCCAGGAAUGACUUUGUCGAGCUGCUGGGCACAUAGUUGGCACCUCGGGCCUGCAGAGUAAAAACUCCAGGGCAGCUGGCCCUCAGUUGCCUUCUCGAAAUCACUGAUUCCUGGGAGGAAAGGUCCUUCCCCACUGGGACAGGUGGGAGGAUGGGGGGAAUUAACAUGUCUCAUCCAUUCUAGCUCCUCAGCUCCCAAGCCCGCAAGCAAGGGUAGAAUCCAAGGUAUCUAAAGCACUCAGCUGGACACACAGUGGGAGCUCUGUCAGUGGUUGGUGGCAUACUUGUUCGGGAGCAGAGGCGGAGAAUUUGGCAAUUUGCCAACAAUUUUGGAUUUUUUUUUUCUCUCUCUCUGUACUUAGUUGGAAUUGGGGAUUGGGGGCUCCUGGCACUGAGUAAAGGCUCAAUGAGUAUUUGAAGAAUGGACAAACGGGUGAAGAAUACAGCUUCAGAUUACACUUUAGGCUUUUAUUUCCUCCACUCAUAGCCCACAGGCCUUCUGAGAGAGAGAGUGCUCCUGUAUCCGUUACAUGCCGUUACAUGCCGUGUGUUCUUGAGAAAGUCCCUUCCCCUCCCUAGGCCUCAGAUUUUCCAUGACAAUGGGGAGAAGGGGAGCAAAGUAGAUAAUGGUCAGCCGUACUCUUACAGUUGUACAAAUCCUGCAUCUGGUAUUUUGCAGUAGACCUGAGGUUGCUAGGGAUUUAUUUUCCAAGCUAACCUAGGGGAUAGGAGUGGGGCCCCCUUUCAGUUCUGUUGGUGUCUCCCACCCUACGGCUUCUGGGCUAUUGCUGAAGUGGGCCAGGAUUCAGUAUCCAGAGCUCCCUUCCUGCAGCUGCUUACAGCUCUGCUGACCUCUGGCCGCAGGCAUCCGUUUCCUCUUUGUUCACCCUCAGUGCCUGGGCUGCCUGGCUUGGUGAUCCUCGGGCCCAUGAAGGUGCCCCAGGGAAGUCUGCAAUCCUUACCUUCCAAUCUGACUUGCUUCAGAGCUGGCAGGGUGACGACCCUUGGUGUGCAUGCACGCACGCAUACACACACACACACACUGCCAUAGAAACAAAGGAAAACCUGGUGAACCCUCAGAGAAGCAGGUUUCUUAGCAACUUCACAGCUUUUGUUCAUGAGCCACUUGGAAUUGAAGUAGCAUCUGAUCUCCUGCCAGCUCCUGCCUGGGGAUGGGAAGAAGGGGAUGGAGGUUCUGCUUUCGCUGGAGCUAGAGCUAAACACCCCUGCCCCCAGCAUUGGCCUCUCAGCCUGGGAUGCUGAGGCUGGAAUCCUGGGGUCUGGAGUCCUCAUGAGGCUGGAGUCCACAUUCUGAGAAAAGUCCCUGCUAUGGUUUCUUUACAGCUGCAGAAUCCCAGGGCUUGGUCAUCGAGACAACAAAUGCAUACUGACAUAUGUACUGUGGGCCCGUGGUGGUCCACGCUGGGUGCCCAUAGUAGUUGGCUCCACCUUUGUCCUCAGCCCUGGAAAUACAGAGAUGAAUAAGGAAUAAUCUGUGACCUCUUUAGCCUAGUGAUGAGAACAAACAAGGACCCAGAGACACCUGAUUACCGCUGCACUGCUUGUGACUUCACCCCAGGCCUCUAGUAUAAAACCGAAACUUCUUAGCCAGGUCCUAACAGUCCUUCCAGGCUGGCCCCUGCCUGCUUCUCCAUCACCUCCUCAGCAGGGCUCAGGUCCUCACAGGCCAAGUCUUUCCCACCUCCAAAACCAAGUGGUCCCUCCACUUGGAAUGUUCUCCCUCUGCUUGGCAGCUUUUUGUCAGAGUUUAGGUCCCAACUUAGCUCACCCCCACCCCCAAGAAACUUCCGGCACACCCUGUCAAGAACAGGCCCACCCCACAUACAUCAUUUUCUGGCAUGCUGAGCACCUUUGUAGCCUCUUUCAUGGCACUUUUCCUGACAUACAGUCCAUUCUCCUUGUUCACAGUAGUUAUGUUCUAUUGAGUCACUGUGAACAUGGAGUCAGCAAACACUGAACCACGCCCCUAGGGGAAGCACAGGGGUAGGCUCCUGCGAGCCUCUACUCGAGACAUUUUCAUCAAAUGAUCAAUACAUAACCUUGUUUUAUGUGCAUUUCUGUUUAAAGACACCUUAUUUAAUAAUAGGUCACUAAUUUGUCAACAUCCAACUCAGGGCUAACUCUGGAACUAAUGCCUCAAUGAAAUUUACUUAACACACACAUGUUCUCCAUAGACACAUCUUAGUGCUUAAAAACACCAUACAGCACCUCAGCGCUAUGCUUGGGAGGCAUUUUAAACCAAAAUCACCAACAAAAAGCACAAAAAUAUGUAAAACGUGACACCACAUUGCCCAUGAAAAGGAUACUUGUUUAGAGCAUGCGCGCUAGACCUCAGCUGGGAACGUGCAUGUUGGGGGAACUCCCAAUUUUUUGCCACUCUGCACAUGCACACGUCUGCAAGUGACCUCCGAGGUGCUGCAGGUGACCUCUGAGGUGCUGCAAGUAUCGGUUCUGAGGUCACAAAUCUAUUCUGGUGAGUAGGCACAUUUGCAAACACAGCAUCGGUGUAAUAAUGAGGAGUGCUUUAAUUAUUUUAUUCAUUCGUUUACUUGUUUAGUGUCUUCUAGUCCAUGGUUUUAUCCCCAGCUCUCAGGAGGACUGAUUUGGACCUCUGAAAUUGUUGAGCUGCUGAUGAACGCACCACCUAUCUCUGAAAUGUUAGUUUUGUGAAACUGAUUAAUAACCCUUAUUAUUUAUGUCACCAUUAGUUGCAUAUUUCGUUAAGGCCAAAACUAAACAGCUUUCCAGGGCUGACUUUUCCUAAUGAAACUCAUGAAAGACUGAUAUAUGAAUCUGAAGUUGUUCAUUUUUUUAUGGGCAUUAGACCCAAUGACCCAAAUAUCCAGUAACACAAAUAAUUAUGUGCAACCUCCUAGUAUCAGCUGAAUUUUUUCUUAGGAGAAGUUUGCUUGGUCAUCUAGCAUUAAAGAAAGGAGAAGCACAAAGGUUUGUUUCCCCAUGACAGACUACACAUACAACCCCACUCCCAUACAGAAUUGGUUUCUGAAAAUGUGACCAAUGUCGAAAAUAAAAAGUCAAACAAAAAAUGUAUUCCGUCAACAGGGCACAUUUGCUCCUAAGGAAUAAAAAAGGGUUUAUCAGUUUCAAUUACACCUGCAUUUUUGGACGCAAUCUUUGAUGAUAUAUUUCCUGCCUUUCCUACUAUAUCUUCAAUUUGAUUAUUUUUCUUUACUAAUCAAAAAACAUGCAUAAGGAAGUGCCUGGCUGGUUUAGCUGGAGGAACAUGCAACUAUUGAUCUCAGGGUCAUGAGUUCAAGUCCCACAAUGGGCCUAGAGCUUACUUUAAAAAAAAAAAAAGUGAUUAAGAACAUCAAGUGGAGACUGAAGAUUCAUUCCUUUCAAUAAAUCCAAUGACUCCUACCUUUAUGUCAAUUACAGUUAAUGAUACACAUACUUCCUUUAUUGAAAUCUAAUUCACCUAAAGUGUAUAAUUCAAUGUUCUUAGUAUAUUUACAAGGUUGUGCAACUAUCACCACUUCCUAAUUUCAGAACAUUUUUGUCCCCCAAAAAAGAAACUCUGGACCCAUUAGCAGUCACUCCCCACCCAAGCUCCCCAGUCCCUUAGCCGCUGGUAACCACUCAUCUGCAUGGAUUUGCCCUUUCUGAACAUUUCAUAUAAAUGGAAUCAUGGAAUAUGUGGCCAUUGUGUCUGGCUUUCACUUAGCAUAAUGUUUUCAAGCUUCAUCCAUAUUGUGUCAGUCCUUCACUCCUUUUUAUUGCAGAAUAAUAAUGUGUCUGGAAAUACUACAUUUUGUUUAUCCAUUCAUCAGUUGGAAGACAUUUCAUCUCUCUGGGUAGAUACCUAAGAGUAGAAUGGCUGGGUCAUAUGGUAAGUCUACAUUUAACUUUUUGAGGAACUGUUAAACUUUUUCCAAGAUGGGUGCACCAAUUUUGCAUUCCUACCAGCAGUAUGUGGGGUUCAACUUCUCCACAUCCUCACCAAUACUUGCUACUACCUGUCUUAUGUACUAUAGCUAUCCUAGUAGAUAUGAAGUAAUAUCUCAUUGUAGUUUUGAUUUAUAUUUCCUUAAUGAUUAGUGAUGUUGAGCAUCUUUUCAUAUGCUUUUGGCCAUCUGUAUAUCUUCUUUGGAGAAAUAUCUAUUCAAAACCUUUCACUCUUUCCACCAUCUUUUCGUGCCGCCAUUAUGGCAUGCAUGAAUGUCCUGGCAGAUGCUCUCAAGAGCAUGAACAAUGCCAAAAAGAGAGGCAAACACCAGGCUCUUAGUCCAUGCUCCAAAGUCAUCUUCCAGUUUCUAACUAUGAUGCUGAAGCAUGGUUACAUUGGUGAAUUUGAAAUCAUGGAUGAUCACAGAGCUGGGAAAAUUGUUGUGAACUUCAUGGGCAGGUUAAACACGUGUGAUCAGCCCCAGAUUGGAUGUACAGCUAGAAAAAUGGCAGAAUAGUCUGCUCCUGUCCUACCAGUUUGGUUUCAUUUCACUGACAACCUCAGCUGGCCUCAUGAAGAAGCAAAACACGCUGGAGAGAAAAUCCCGGGGUUCUUUUUUCUAGGGAUAUAAUACAUGUGUGCAAAUAAAAUGCCUCAGUGGACUCUGGUGCUUAAAAAACACACGCAAAAAAAAUUUUUUAAUAAAAAAGCCUUUACCCCUUUUUAA